AUGGCCACGGGAGCAAAUGCAACCCCUUUGGGGAAGCUGCACCCCAGUAUUGGCGCUAAACGAGGGUUUGACUCCGGGCCUGGUGCGGGGAACGGCUUGAUGCCGACGCCGGGGCCACCCGUGUCCUUUCCCUCGCUACAGGGUUUCCAGCCACCGAUGCCAAAUGCCACUUUCCCGCAGACUCACCAGUUUAAUGUGGCGGGAACUUUUCCAACGCAGACUCAGCAACCAGCUUCAGGGGCCGGACUGGCCAAAACAGCAGAUUUUGGUCAGAAGAAACAGAGGAAGAGGAGUCGAUGGAGCAGCGAGACACCUGAUCAGAAGACUGUGAUACCUGGCAUGCCCACUGUCAUUCCCCCCGGACUGACCCGGGAUCAAGAGAGAGCCUACAUAGUCCAACUGCAGAUCGAAGACCUGACUCGUAAACUGCGUACAGGAGACCUGGGAAUCCCUGUUAACCCUGAGGACAGGUCUCCCUCUCCAGAACCCAUAUACAACAGUGAGGGCAAGAGGCUGAACACUCGGGAAUACCGUACACGAAAGAAGUUGGAGGAGGAGCGUCACUCCCUCAUCACAGAGAUGGUGGGACUCAACCCCGAGUUUAAACCACCUGCAGACUACAAGCCCCCAGCCACCAGAGUCAAUGACAAAGUUAUGAUUCCCCAAGACGAAUAUCCUGAGAUCAACUUUGUUGGUUUGCUGAUUGGGCCACGUGGUAAUACCUUGAAGAACAUUGAGAAAGAGUGUUGUGCCAAGAUCAUGAUCCGUGGUAAAGGCUCUGUGAAAGAGGGGAAGGUUGGCCGUAAGGACGGACAGAUGCUGCCUGGGGAAGAUGAGCCUCUGCACGCACUGGUUACCGCCAACACAAUGGAGAACGUCAAGAAAGCUGUGGAACAGAUCCGCAACAUCCUGAAGCAAGGCAUUGAGACACCUGAGGAUCAGAACGACCUGCGUAAGAUGCAGCUGCGGGAGCUUGCCAGGCUCAAUGGCACUCUGAGGGAGGACGACAACAGGAUCCUUCGUCCCUGGCAGAACUCUGAGCCACGCAGCAUCACCAACACCACCCUCUGCACAAAGUGUGGUGGAGCUGGCCACAUCUCCUCUGACUGCAAGUACACAAGCUCAUUUGCUGCUCACAGGGCAAGCGGUGGCGAGCCUCCACAGUCGGCACAGGACAAGGCUCGUAUGGACAAGGAGUACCUGUCUCUCAUGGCCGAGCUGGGGGAGGCUCCGGUCCCCUCGUCUGGUGGAGGACACACCACUACCCAUGCUGGAGGACCUCGAGCUUCUGGACCCAACAAUAACCAGCCACCACCGCAAAACCGGCCUCCUUGGAUGAACUCUGGCCCAUCUGAGAACAGGAACUUUCAUGGCAUGCAUGCAGGGCCUGGUGGCCACGGGGCGCCCCACAACUUCCCUCCCCCCAUGCCCAACAUGGGAGGCCCGCCAAUGCCCCCCAACCCCAAUGGCCUGCCUCCCCCGUGGAUGCAGCCCCCACCUCCUCCCAUGGGCCAGGGUCCAGGACCUCAUGGACACCCCAUGGGUCUACUGCCUCCUCCCAUGGGCAUGAUGCCACCUCCUCCUCCUCCCCCCAGCAACCAGCCACCCCCUCCGCCCUCUGGACCCCUGCCACCAUGGCAACAGCAGGCCCCACCUCCACCCCCAACCAGUAGCAUGGCAACAAGUGCACCACUGCCAUGGCAACAGAAUACCACCACAACGUCCAGCCCUGGCACAGGCACCCUGCCUCCCUGGCAGCAGCCCCAGCAGCCUGCAGCCUCCGGAGCCCAGCCUCCUCCACCCAUGGGCACCCCCUCCAUGGUGCCUCCUCCCCCAGGGGUCCAGCCCCCACUGCCCCCCGGUGCCCCUCCUCCUCCCCCUCCACCACCCCCAGGCUCAACCGGCAUGAUGUAUGCCCCCCCGCCACCCCCACCACCUAUGGACCCCUCCAAUUUUGUCACCAUGAUGGGGAUGGGGGUACCAGGCAUGCCCCCAUUUGGCAUGCCUCCCGCCCCUCCUCCCCCACCACCCCAGAAUUAAUCCCUUGGUUUCCGUCAGUGGCAGAAGAAUCGUCCUCCCACAAGUUUCUCCAACCUGCAGCACGUUGUUCACCAGAAAUCAGACUGACAUUAUUCUGUACAGAGUAUCUACCAGUGCUCACUGAAAAAAAGAAAAAAAAUACCUGUGCUUUAUUUUUUAUUGGUCUUUGCCAUUGUGAAGACAUCUCUUAAACAAUGAAAGGCUGUUAGUUCAAUUUGUAAAUUUACGUAACUUAAUUUUUUUCUUCCUGUUUUUAAAGUUUGUAUUAACACAAAGCUCCUUGUGUCCAUGCAAACGCUGUUGCUCAUGAGCAGUCAUUUUGCGUUAUCAGUUUUGUUUGUCAUAUUUCUUGUAUACCAAAUAAAUUGCCUCAAAUAGUGGCAAGUUUGAUUUUGCUGAAUAUUAUCAUUUCACUAAAUAAAAUAACAGCUUAAUAUGUUGUGUUCAGAUCUUUGAACUUCCAUUCAAACUCAUGUUAACUUGAGUUGAAUUCCUAACUCGCAUGAUCCUCAGCUUUUUUAAAGUGAUAAGCUCAACCUGUCAUGUUCCCUUUGUUGGCUUUGAGUUGAACAAGAUGAAUAUUUUUGUAACAAUAACGUGAAAUGUAUCACUUAGUCCUUUGUCAAAAAAGCAGAUUUUUGUAAUACUGUCUCAGUUUUCCAGGGUUUAGAGUUUUGGUUACCUGCCUGCAUCUCGGCUAUGAAACUGCUUCAGUUUAAUUCACUUAGUCCGUACUGAAAAGGGAAUUUGGUGCCAUGUUCUGUUGGCUUCUGACCCAUGGACUGCUUGAAUACCCAGAAUCUGAUAAUAUCCCUGCUCUCCUGCAUUUCCCUCUGCUCUGAUAUGUAGCUGUGUGCAGUGUUUCUGUUGCUUCAGCAAGGACUAAAUUCUCUAUUUUGUCCCUCAAGUGAAUGGAGAAGAAAAAUGUUAGAUAUUGUAUUUUUACUCUUUCUGGAAUCGGUCUGUUGACCAUAUUGUUGUGUUAUUGGUUCUAGCCCGAAUGAAUAGCUGUUGCAAUCUUGCUUGGUUACCAUUAAACUCGUCAAAUUUCAACCUUUUUU